GAAUGACCAUGACAUGGACGAAUCUCAUUUUCAGACACUUAUUCUAUAACGCUUGUCAUUCUCGACUAGACCACACUACCAGGCCGCUGUCUUGACCCAGUUCAAAUCAUCCGAAGUCAUAGAUUUCUGAAUAAGUCAGUGGGGGUUGGACAAAACAUUUCGAAAGAAUUGCUUGCGGCAAUCAUGAACCUCAACCUUUCAGCAUCGCUGAACAUUUUCAAACUGAUUGCGAAUCCUGCACUGUGCCUGCCUCACGCGACAGUUAAUACUUUCAAUGACUUGCCGCUGCCUCUGGGGAAAGCAUUGAAAGGCGGCAAAGAUGGAGCCGAGGUUGACAUAAAGGCGGUUGUUCUGGAUAAGGAUGACUGUUUUGCAUACCCAGAAACAAACGGCAUACACGAGCCUUAUAAGGACCGGUUCGCAGCCCUGAAGGCAGCAUACCCCGGCCGCAGGCUGCUCAUCGUCUCCAACACUGCGGGCGCGCUGAGCCAUGACCCAAAGAGGAAGCUCGCUCAGGAGCUCGAGGAGGUUACGGGGGUUACGGUCCUUUCACACAAGACCAAGAAGCCCGGCUGCGGCGGCGAGAUCAUGGAGUACUUUCGCGCCCACCCGGACACGGGCGUCACCUCGCCCGCGCAGAUCGCCGUCGUCGGAGACCGCCUGUCGACCGACAUGAUGCUGGCCAACAUGAUGGGCAGCUGGGGAGUCUGGGUCAAGGACGGGGUGGCACCUAUGCAGAAGAAGAGCAUUACUUCCCUCUCCUUCAUUAUGCUGCUGGGUAUGCUGCAAGUCUAGUGUCAUAAUUGUGCAUUAUGCCUCGAACAUCUAACAGAGCCUUUUACUACAUCCGCUUCUUCUGGGCUUGAUUGUUAUCCGAGAUCUGUGAUUCUGACAGGCGAAAAUACUUCACACCACGUGUCUACCCAGCUGGGUCACCUGAACAACUUAU